AUGUCCAGAAGCAGAUGCAACUUAAGAAUAGAAAGGUUAAACACUGCUUUGGGCGGAGGAUUACCUAUUGGAUAUAUAACUGAAAUAUAUGGGCUAGCUGGCUGUGGCAAAACUCAAUUGUGUUUUCAAUUAGCAAUUAAUUGUUCUAGAAAUACAGAACACACUAUACUUUACAUAGAUACAAAGGGAGAUUUUGAAGCAUUAAGAAUUCAAAAAAUUUUAGAUCACCUUGGUUGUUCGCAUCAGGAAACGGCGAGAGUCUUGCAUAAAAUAAAAAUCAUGCAGAUAUGGACUAUGGAGGAAAUAAUUGAAUUUUUGGAAAAACUAAAAAGUAAAAUUAUUAUUAUUGAAAAUUUGUCCUUGAUAGUCAUAGAUUCACUACCAUGUCUGAUGUUUCAACACUUUGGAGAUGAAAACAAAAUAGGUCUAACUUAUUUGAAUAUCCUAGUAAACCAUUGUCGAUUUCUUGGCAAGAAUUACCAAAUUAGUGUUGUAUGUGUCAACAUACAAACAAGAUGGGUUGAAAAAGAUUAUUUAGAUUGUGAAGAACAGGAAGAUCAAGAAAGAGAAGUUUUAUAUAAAGAGACGUUCUAUCGUCGCAUGAAAAGACUGUAUGCGGCAUGGAAGGCUGCAGCUGCUGAUUCUAAAAGCGAUGAUGUAAUAUCUAAGGCUGACUGCUUGGUUUCUUGUGUUGGUGUCGAUGAGGAUACAUUAUAUAGUAAAUCAACAGCCCUACAGACAUGGUUAUUUGGAUAUGAGUUACCAGACACUAUAACAGUUCUCACAGAAAAUAGUAUGUGCUUCCUCGCUAGUAAGAAAAAAAUUGAGUUUUUGAGACAAAUUGAAAAUGGAAAGGAUGAGACAGAGUUACCUCCAGUGAAACUUCUUAUUAGAGAUAGAAAUGAUAAAGAUAAGGAAAAUUUUAAUAAGCUCAUACAAGAGAUUAAAAAAUCAAAAUCUGGCAAAACACUUGGUGUAUUUGCAAAAGAUAAUUAUCCUGGUGAGUUCUGUGAAAGUUGGAAAGCUGCCAUGAAAGCAGAAAAGUUUGAAAAUGUAGACAUCAGCUCUUCCAUAGCAUUUCUUAUGGCACCAAAAGAAGACUCUGAAAUUAUUACUGUUAAGAAAGCAUGUUUGGUCACAGUUGAUGUAUUCACAAAAUACUUAAAGGACCAGAUAAUGGAAAUUAUUGAUUCUGAUAAAAAAGUUAAACAUUCAAAACUUGCUGAAGGUGUGGAAGCAGCUAUAUCCGAUAAAAAAUAUGUCACUGGUGUUGACACAAGUCAGGUGGAUAUGUGCUACCCGCCUAUAAUCCAAUCAGGAGGGAAUUACAGUCUCAAGUUUAGUGCAGUUUCUGAUAAGAAUCACCUGCAUUUUGGCUCCAUUGUAUGCUCCUUGGGAGCCCGCUAUAAGUCGUACUGCUCAAAUAUCGUCCGUACAUUGCUGGUCAAUCCUACUGAUGAAAUUCAGAGCAAUUACAAUUUUCUCAUAAACCUAGAGGAAGAAGUAAUGAAACAUCUUGUUGCUGGUGCCAAAUUAUCAGCUGUUUAUGAAGCUGGCUUGGAACUUGCUAAGAAGGAAAAACCUGAUUUGGUUGAUAAUCUCACAAAGUCAUUUGGAUUUGCAAUGGGUAUUGAGUUUCGAGAGAGCUCAAUAGUUAUUGGACCGAAAACUGCUGUUGUGGCUAAAAAAGGAAUGUUGUUUAACAUUAAUAUUGGUUUAGCCAAUCUCACAAAUAGUGCUGCUACUGAAAAAGAAGGGAAGACUUAUGCACUAUUUAUUGGUGAUACGGUAUUAGUCAAUGAAGAACAACCGGCAUCGCUACUUACACAAUCUAAAAAGAAGAUAAAGAAUAUUGGCAUUUUCUUGAAAGAUGAUGAUGAAGAGGAAGAGGAGGAAAAAGAAAACAAGACAGAAAUUCUCGAAAAUGGAGGUCGAGGCAAAAGAACAGCCGUGAUAGAGUCAAAGCUUCGAACAGAACAUUCAUCAGAAGAGAAACGUAAGGAGCAUCAGAGAGAACUGGCGAUAGCCCUCAACGAAAAAGCUAAGGAACGACUUGCGAAACAAUCUAGUGGCAAAGACAGUGAGAAAAUCCGAAAAAGUACAGUUUCAUACAAAAGUGUUAGUCAGAUGCCUCGGGAAAAUGAAGUGAAAGAACUGAAACUGUAUGUUGAUCGAAAAUAUGAAACGGUGAUAUUACCAAUAUUUGGUGUACCCGUACCAUUCCACAUCUCCACUAUAAAAAACAUCUCCCAGUCAGUUGAGGGUGACUACACAUACCUUAGAAUAAACUUCUUUCAUCCUGGUGCCACAAUGGGCAGAAAUGAGGGUGGAAACUAUUCACAACCUGACGCCACAUUUGUUAAAGAAGUAACCUACCGCAGUACAAACACAAAAGAACCUGGUGAAAUAUCACCACCGUCUUCCAAUCUUAACACUGGCUUCCGUUUAAUAAAGGAAGUACAGAAGAAGUUCAAAACGCGGGAAGCGGAAGAAAGGGAAAAAGAGGAUCUUGUCAAACAGGAUACAUUAGUACUCUCCCAAAGUAAAGGCAACCCAAAACUAAAAGAUUUGUACAUAAGACCAAACAUUGUCACAAAAAGGAUGAGCGGGUCGCUAGAAGCGCACACAAACGGUUUCCGAUUCACUUCGGUCCGAGGGGACAAAGUGGAUAUUUUGUACAACAAUAUUAAAAACGCCUUCUUCCAGCCGUGUGAUGGAGAAAUGAUUAUUCUAUUGCAUUUCCAUUUAAAACAUGCUAUUAUGUUUGGCAAGAAGAAGCAUGUGGACGUGCAGUUCUACACGGAGGUGGGCGAGAUCACGACGGACCUGGGCAAGCACCAGCACAUGCACGACCGAGAUGACCUCGCCGCAGAACAGAGCGAACGUGAGCUUCGACACAAGCUGAAGGUCGCCUUCAAGAGCUUCUGCGAGCGCGUCGAGAACAUGACCAAGCAAGAGGUAGAAUUCGACACGCCCUUCAGAGAGCUCGGCUUCCCCGGCGCGCCGUUCCGCAGCACCGUUCUGCUGCAGCCGACUUCGGGCGCGCUGGUGAACCUCACCGAGUGGCCGCCCUUCGUGAUCGCCCUCGAGGACGUGGAGCUGGUGCACUUCGAGCGCGUGCAGUUCCACCUGAAGAACUUCGACAUGGUGUUCGUGUUCAAGGACUACGCGAAGAAGGUGGCGAUGGUGAACGCCGUGCCGAUGAACAUGCUCGACCACGUGAAGGAGUGGCUCAACUCAUGUGAUAUUCGCUACUCCGAAGGCAUACAGUCUCUCAACUGGACCAAAGUUAUGAAAACGAUCACCGACGACAUCGAAGGCUUCUUCGACAACGGCGGCUGGUCGUUCUUAGAUCCGGAAUCUGAUGCCGAAGACGCGGCACAGGACGAGGAAUCUGAAGAAGAAGACGACGCCUAUGAACCGACGGAUGUCGAGUCUGAAGAAGAGUCGGACGAUGACUCCGAAUAUGACUCUGAGGCUUCUGACGCGUCUGAGGGCUCCGGUGAUAGUGAAGAGGAGGACGAGGAGUCCGGCAAAGAUUGGUCGGAUCUGGAACGGGAGGCAGCGGAGGAAGAUAAAAAGGAGCGCAACUACGACGAUUUCGAUAGGAAGAGGAAAGGCGGCCGCGAUAUGCCGCGCAACUUCGACUCGGAGGAAGGCCGCAGCAAGAAGAGCAAGCACGACAAGAGCUCCAGCCACAAGAGCUCAAGUCACAAGAGUUCCAGCUCGAACCACAAGAGUUCGAGUCAUAAAAGCCCCUCUAAACACAGCAACAGCAGCCCUUCGAAAAACCGCGACAAGCACCACAAGUCGUCGCAUUCGGAAAGAGAUCACAAAUCCUCCCAUAGCAAGUCCAACAGCAGCAAAUCCAAUGGAGACCACAAGAAACACUCCAGCGACAGCAAGUCUCACAAGCGCUCCAGAGACGACAGUCGGGAUCACGAUCGCAGUUCCAAGAAAGCAAAAAAA